ACUUGCGUCCUCGGCCGGGAUGGGCCGCGCAGAACUGAGUGAUCGGCCUUGCGUCGGGCGGGCGAUCCCCAUCUGAUCUGCCGCCUGCGACCUGUCGACUGCCGGGCCGCGCGAGCCUGGGGGGCCCAGGCAGCGCGGCGAUGACCUGAUCCCGAGCCCGCCAGGGCGCCCCUCCUUCCCUCGCUCGCUCUGAGCCUGUGCGGAGACCGGCGCGGCGCGGCGGCCCCGGGCGCACCAUGGCGGGGAGCUCCAGUUAAAGGCGUGUGGGCGCCGAGCUGGAGAGGACACCUUCGGCAUCGCUGCCUUUUGAGGGGGCUUAUUUAAACUACUGAGUCAUUCCAGAUUUAGGAUUCCCUAAAUAAUCACCAACUGUGCCCGUCUCGUGCCAGAAAGCCAGCGGGAAGAGAAAGAGCGCCCGCUCUGGGACCGCGCGUAUCCUUGGCGCUCGCCUCUCGCGGGUUUCUCCCCGAGGGGUGCUUGGCCCUCGAGGAUCUCCCUCCCUCCCUCCCCCACACUCUCCCUCCCCCCACCACCCCGGACCUUGCCUCCCGCUCUCUUUGCAGCGCUACUGGCGGGGAGUCGCGCUCGACGCAGCUGGAAACAGCUGCCCCCGCCCGGCUCCCCAGCUCCGACUCCUGCUAACCGCUCCCACUUCGCGCCUCUCGGAAUUCCAGAACUCGGGCGGCGGGCCCCGGGAGAGCCGCAGCCGGUGCGAUGCAUUCCGUAGACCUCACUCAGCCGGGACGGAACUCCUAAUCUCCAGAACUGCGGGCUGCAGGGAGUUAAAUUGCUGCCUUCCUCUCCUUCUGUCUAGCGGUUGGUGGCUUAUUUUCUAAAGGAACGUUUUAUUCACUUUUUAGUAUUUUCUACCGGGGGCACGCUACCCGCCUCGGUUGAGACUCUGCUUUGUAAACGGGUUUUCUAUGUAUGUGUAGAUAUACUUUGGACACCUGACAACGCUUGCGCCUCUCCACCGGGGGCACGGCUUGUUGUUCUGGACAUCCUUCUACCCCUUCCACUUGGUACUCCGAGCGCUGUGUGACCCAACUCCCCACUGCCCCUGGACGCGGAUCGCCUUGGGGUGCAAGAGUCUAGUUAGCUGGAAGGCCUGGGACCGCCCCGCCCCCAAACGCCAGCGGUUGGGGAAGUUUACAUCUGGAUUUUCACACAUUUUGUCGCCACUGCCCAGACUCUGAGUAACCUUGUGGGCGCCGGGUUUUCGGUACUGCAGCCUCCUCAAAUAUUAGCACUGCCUCCCGGCGCCUGCCCUGUCCCUUCAGGCCGCCGAGGUCCUGCCCUCGCCCCGGCGGAGCACGAUACCGAGGGCGCAGUGGAGCCCGGGGCCCCGGGCCCGCGCUGAGCAGCUAUGGCUGCGGCGAUAGCCAGCUCCUUGAUCCGACAGAAGCGACAGGCGAGGGAGUCCAACAGCGACCGGGUGUCGGCCUCCAAGCGCCGCUCCAGCCCCAGCAAAGACGGGCGCUCCCUGUGCGAGAGGCACGUCCUCGGGGUAUUCAGCAAAGUGCGCUUCUGCAGCGGUCGCAAGAGGCCAGUGAGGCGGAGACCAGAACCCCAGCUGAAAGGAAUUGUGACAAGGUUAUUCAGCCAGCAGGGAUAUUUCCUGCAGAUGCACCCAGAUGGUACCAUUGAUGGGACCAAGGACGAAAACAGUGACUACACCCUCUUCAAUUUAAUUCCCGUGGGUCUGCGUGUGGUGGCCAUCCAAGGGGUGAAGGCCAGCCUCUAUGUGGCCAUGAAUGGCGAAGGCUAUCUCUACAGCUCAGAUGUUUUCACUCCUGAAUGCAAAUUUAAGGAAUCUGUGUUUGAAAACUACUACGUGAUCUAUUCUUCUACCCUGUACCGUCAGCAAGAAUCAGGCCGGGCAUGGUUUCUGGGACUCAAUAAAGAAGGUCAAAUCAUGAAGGGGAACAGAGUGAAGAAAACCAAGCCUUCAUCACAUUUUGUACCAAAACCAAUUGAAGUGUGUAUGUACAGAGAGCCAUCACUACAUGAAAUUGGAGAAAAACAAGGGCGUUCAAGGAAAAGUUCUGGAACACCCACCAUGAAUGGAGGCAAAGUUGUGAAUCAAGAUUCAACAUAGCUGAGAACUCUUCCCUUCGUCCCUUUAUCACUCCUUCCCUUCUCUUCCCUCCCCUUUACCCAUGUCCUUCCAAUAAAUCCACCCAAGGAGAGGAAAGUAAAAUGGCAUCGCAGGACCUAGUGGCUAAAAUUCUGCACUAAAAAUCUUCCUUUGUGUAGGACAAGACAAUUGAACCAAGCUUGCCUGUUGCGAUGUGGUAGAAAAUGCACAUGCACAAUGAUUAGCACAUGUAAAAAGCAAGGGAAAAUUAAACAAGACUUUACGAACACUAAUCUGUGCUGUUAUUAACAGAGGGCUACUUGUAAUGAAGACAUAACUAUAAUAAAGAUAAAUUAAAUCAUGACCUUAAAGAAAAGGCUUUUAGAGAAUUGAACUUGCAAAUCAAUGUAAUACCCUAAAUAGUUUAGCUAUGGGUAAUUCUGAGAUGUGUGUUUUGUUUUGAUUUUGUGCUUUUGGGAUCAUCUGGAAUUGACAUAAGUAAAUCCCUUUUCCUGGAUCUUUUCACCAUGAUAUUGAACAUGUACGAGUGACGGAUUCAUCUAGUGCUUCUAGGGUAUAAAGCCAGAAAUCACUUGACAUCAAGAAAAGUUUAAAAUUUUAUUAUUAUUUUUGUUUGUUUUUGUUUUUUUAAUGCCAUGUCUGUAAUGUUAGCAUAUAUCUAUAUAUAUAUAUAUUUUUUAUUAUUGAGGUAACAUUGCAUUAUAACAUUAUAUACAAUUUAUUCUUAAAUUUGUUAUUUAAUAUUGUUUAUUCAAAGGAUAGUCUUAUGUUGAAUCUAAUGGGUAUUUGCUUAUUUUAUUCUUUCAUAAAGAGCUUCAAAUUCUCCUAGGAGAAUAUCAUGUUUUUAUUUUAUCAAAAGUAUUUACCUAGGAUCUCGUUUUUUAGUCAUUUAGGGAAAAAAAUGCUACAUGCAGGCUUUGGGGUAUAAGUUAUAUGCUUUUAUCAUUGGUCUGAUUUUUUUUUAAUUUUUGGACAUCUUUGAAAGUAUAAGUGCAUGUCUGUCAUCUUGGAGUUUUGUACCAUCUCUUGCAGCAGGAAGGAAGGAAGAGGGGUUUUACAGAAGCAUAUAUGUCCUAGGAAAUUGGCCAAAUCAAAUUGUAUUUGCCUUUGUAGCUUACCAGAGUUUUAUGUAUAUAGUGCUUUCCAAAUUUGGCAAAGAAAUUGGGAGGCCUGGAUGUGAACUUCCAAACUUACUAUCUUAUGAAACUAGUGGGUUGUUUGUUGCUAUGUAUUCUUGUUUAUAAGUCUAGUUGACAAUAUGUCUGUCUCCUAGAACACAGAAGGGUACUUGUAAUACACUGAAUCUUUAAGAGUCAUAGAGAAACAAUAUGGAAUUAAUAACUGUGGCUCCAGUUAACAGGGUUGUGUGAAUGAUUUAAAUUAGUUUUAGGAAAAAAAAAAAAAAACAAACAGUGUAAGACCUGGCAAAUGUUUAGUUGAGAAUACUGAUGUAUUCAAACACUUUAGUUGAGAAUACUG